AUGGGUAAUAUAGGUUCAAAAAAAAGUUCAAAAAAGAGUGUGGGCUCCGUAAUUACAGAAUCUACACCUUCUCAUUCGGAUGUCCUGGGAACAUCAUCCAUUCCCAGUAACCCACAAUCGCACCAAACAUAUUACUUUUCGGAAAGUGAUUCAGAAGGUGUAAGAUUACACGGUCAACAUUAUCUCUUAAAAAAUGUUUUCCAGAAAGACUUAUUUGCACCAGUAAGGGAAAAACUGCUUGAAAAAGACACUCAUGUACUUGAUAUUGGGUGUGGCGAUAGAGCCACCUGGUUAAGAGAUGUUGCUGUGGAUUAUCCUUCAACUACAUUCCAUGGUUUUGACAUUGUUCCAUUUGUACCCAAUGAUGAAUCCACUUACAACAAUGUACCCUCAAACUGCAUAAUCACUCAGUAUGAUGCCACUCAAGGCUUGCCUUUUCCUGAUAACAAAUUCGACUAUGUUCAUCAACGCCUCAUGUCAGGAGUCUAUUGUGGAGACCAGAUUGAUAGUAUUCUCAAGGAAAUGAUGCGUGUCACUAAACCUGGGGGUUGGAUUGAAUUAGUCGAGAGUGCUACAGCACCACAAAAUACAGGACCCGUAUUCAAGGUUCUCUUUGAGCAUAUGGAGAAAUAUAUCUAUCAGCGCCAGAAAGAACUUCUCUGUGGUCCAAUUCUUAAGGAAAAACUUGGAAAAAUCGGUUGCAUAGAUAUCCUUUCAGACUACCAAUCUAUACCAAUAUGCUGGGGGGGAGCUGUAGGCAAGGCGACCUACGAGGUAAUGGAGCAUGUCAUUCGAUAUAUGGGACCGUUGGUGUGGGACAAUCUAGGCUUUGAUUGUGAAUUCGACCCGGAACUCUAUAAUGACUAUAUAGACAGAGGAUUUAAUGAAUGCGUCAAAAGCCAAGCAUUUUUAAAUGUUUACUGGGCUUUUGGUCGCAAGCCAGAUACGGGAAGCCUAAAAAAUUGA